GGUGUGCAUAAUUAUUGACUUGAUACUUCUGUAUGUAGUUCACGGUCAAAUCCUUGAGAAUAAUAUUUUAUUCCACUCGUUAUUUUAAUUUCUAUAUUUUUGGCACACUAUCAAAGUUGCAAUAUUUUGAUAUUAUAGACCAACAUUAUAAAUUAGCCUGAUUUAUAAAUGGAGUUUAAUAAGUUAUCAGAAAGUAUAGACACUGUGGGGUAUGCUGGAGUGUGCGUUGGAACUGAAAGAUCUGAGCUUCUAAAAAACUCGCUAUUACUUCUUGGAAAAGAAAACAAUUUUGAUAAAAUUUAUUAUUGGGGCAGAAUAAAUGGGAUACUGAAAGACUAUCAUGUCGCAUAUGGCCAUGGGAAAGAUUAUUUGAGAAAUAAUGUAUAUUAUUACAGUUUUGAUUGUUUUGAUUGGUUACUGCUUCCUCAACCAACAAAAAAUCAAAAAGUCAUAUCAACUUUUAUGAGAAAUUAUUUCCAAGGCGAGCCAUCCGUGAAGAAACUCACUGAAGUUCCGGAGUUUUUGCUGUAUAAUGAUGAAGAGAUGCCGAAAUCGAUCGAAGGCGAUAUUAUACCGUGCGAAAUUAAAGAAGAGGAUCGGCUGAGCGCAGCAGUAGAUUUAAUAACCAAUGAUUCAAUAAUUAUUCCACGUGGUAGCUGGAUAAAACUUCCGAGUGGUGAUGUGGCUAAAAAUCUGACCUUCACUGGCCUAAAUUUUACUGAAUGUACUAAACUUGAAUCGUAUCUUCAUAAGAGAAUCCCUCAAGAAAAAUCAAAUGUCAGUUUAACAAAGAGACAAGACUACAAUUUUGCUCUAGACUUUCUUGACCCAAUUGACAUGGAUUUGCCAAAAGAGUGUUGGAGUUUGCAGCCGUACUUUAAAGACAAUUUAAUAAUCAUAAGAAAUUUAUAUUGGCCCGGAAUGACAUUUUAUCAUAAACUAAAUUCAUCCGAGUACGGUUCAAUUUACAUCGAUGACGGAAUAAAAAAUAAAAAUCUAUCAUUCAUGAUCUAGAGAAAAUAAAAAAUAUACACAUUAUUGUUUUAUUAAAAUGAAAUAAAUAGUUAGCACAAUGUAUGAGAUGAUUUAUAAUAAUUGUUUUGAUAGAAAGCUCCAGAUCUUGUGUUCCCAGCAGCUGUUGGUAUAUAUAAUGUAUACUGGUGUGUUGAACAGUCACAUGAUGAUGUUAAAUAACGAGAUCGAGGCAUGAUCAAAAUAGCAUCGAUCAGUAAAUAGAUCAAGCCAAGCGGAAAAAAGGCGGAGCAUCGUCUCAAUAGUUUUUUCCUCUUGUUGGUUUAUUCUUUCUUCUCUCGAUCCCCAGGAGCCCCAGAGCCAGUGAAAGCUGCAAGGGUUUAUUGUCUUUGGCAUCAGAGCUGGCUUAUCGUGUGACACCGUUUUUUCAUAGUACCAAUUGGCCAGUGUGAAGCGCCACUAAAGUUUAAAUCCCGUUGUUGUAAUUCAUCAGUUUAAUAUCCUGUUUCGUUUAGUGCUUAACUCUCAUCAACAGAUCCUCCGACACAUCAAUGAUCAAUUAUUUUUUUUUUAUCUUUUGUACUUUCGAUGUCGAUUGUCAAAAUUAAGUUGGCAAGUAUACGUCCAUGUAUAUUAAAUUAUACAAUUAAAUUCUCCCAGCAUCUUGUCUAUCUGAGCUGUUAUUUAUUUAAAACUAUCAACUCGACAAUUUACAAUAAAACGAAAUUUACUUUUUGUAACGUUACCAAAAUAGUGAUCCGAAAUAUAUAGCACGCGCGCAUAGUCCACGUGUUAUUAUUAUUACUAUUAUUUAUAAUUUAUUAAUCCAUCCAAUUAACGUUAAAGCUUAUAGAACGUCAAUUACUUUGUCUGAUUAAUUAAAUCUAAGGUCGACGAUCUUGUUAUAUAAUCUAAUUUAAUAAGAUGGCUGCAGGUGUCCGCUGAUAAAUUAUUUAUUUAUAACUAUUUAUAUUUAUUUAUAAUUUAAUUAAUUUUUUUUUAAAUUAUUGUGUCGCAACA